AUGGACGACACGCUGGACACGCUCACUACUAGUGCUACACGACCUUCACCUUCAACUUCACCUGCACUCCCAACCCAGCACUCGACUUCGACCUUGACCACUUCCCAUCGUCAUCAUCAUCCUGUGCCCUACUAUACACUAGAUGCCCGGGGCACCCGUCAUGACCUUGAUACUCGCACGACAGCCGAUUUCCCACCGCGUCCUCCCUAUCCCCAUUUCUAUCCGGCCCGCAUUGCAGAUGCCAACCAUGACUUGACCUUAUUCCGGCCUCCGCUGCGCAAGAAACCCAAACUGUCCUCCAAUGCCCCAGAUCUUGAUUCAUUACCCGUGCUACAGCCAUCCCCUGGAAUGCGCAAGCCAGUCGGAAUCUCAAAGACCUUGAGUGUUCCCUCGUUCAACAUCUCCCUCGACCACGACCCGAACGAUAAUCGUCCGUCUUCGUCUUCCGGGAUCAGCCAGCCUUCAACCCCCUUACAUCGGACAAAUUCCAACACGCUUCAGCGAUCUCCUUCGCAAAAAAGACCUCCCGCCUCUCACAGCAGCUACGGCGUCGAGACAAUCUGUGGGCCACCUCCGUCCUACAGCACCCAACGAACCCUGUCGCAGGACCGCAUCCGACUGGAUCGAAAUCCGUCCACGAGAUCUACAAACGACACAACGCGUGAUUCAUCCCCUUCCAAGGCCAAUGAACCUACAGCUGUCACCGAGCCUCCUCCAGCGCGACUAUCGCCCGUGAAACCAGAUCCAAACCCAUCGACGACCGACUCCUCGUCGGACGAGGCCACCACGCCCGAAGUAUCUAGUCCGGAGACCGCAGAUACACAAAGUGUGCUUACUCCCAACUCGACCAUGAGUAAAGAACAAGUCGCGGCUGUGCUUCAGACCGAUCUGCAAGAAAAGGAGAACUCAGAGCCGCAAUUACUGAAACCGGUCCCCUCGGAGGAGGACAGCAAAGCUUCCAGUAGCGAUGAGAAGAAGAGCGAGGAUUUAUUUUUGAACAUUGCAAGGACCGACGCGUCGCGUGCCAGUCAGGUCCAAUCCAAGCUUGACAAGAGACGGUCGAGAGUUUCACUUCCUUUCUUUUCAAGUACGCGACCUUCCACCGGCUACAAAUCUUCUCCCAUACAGGAGCGAUUUGAUACUUCUAGUGUUGCUGGUCGAUCAGAGGCACUGCAUUACUACAGCAAGCGAUCUUCUCUGGGACAACAUGUCCCGGGAGCGCUUUCACGGACGUAUCCCCAGGAAGGCUCAACCCGAGACGGGACCCUCGACGCGCAGAGUGCUCAUCCCAUGGAUUUACCCCGAAGAGCCAUGUCAAGACGGUAUUCCACGACAAAUUCAAACACCAACACUGCAGAACCCGUGCGUACUUUUUCACGCCCAAGCACAGCUCGAAACAGCCGCUUGGUCUCAGAGUCUGCGUUUCUUGAUCGGCCCCGCGUACCCGAUCACAAUGCCACCGAGUCGACCAUCUCCACAACCGCCCCUUCGACGGUUUGGGACGAGCUGGAUGACCUGAAAUCGAGGAUCAGAAAGCUCGAGCUGACUGGGAAGCUCCCACCAUCUUCGGCUGCAGCCAUGACAACGUCAGAGAGGCCAAAGACGGCCACUACAGCCGCGACCACCAUGUCUUCCUCUCCAAAACACAAGCCAGCAGUGACGCAAUUGCAGUCCGCGAUCGAAGGAAUUCCGUCUAACAUCCACCCGAAUCUCCACGAAGCACUCGGUAAUGCCAAAGCCGUCCUCAGCAAUGACGUUUAUCAGAAGCUACAAGCAACGGCACAGGAUGCCUUGCAAUUGUCUAUGAUGAUGAGUCCAGAGGGGCACAGCGGCGCGGCCAGUACCCUUGGGAUCUCGUCGGUUUCGGAACGUCAGAUUCGUCGCCGAACGGAAAGCAUGUGCAGGAGCUUGACGGAACUGGCCAUCGCGAUCCUUGCGGACCACAAACAGUUUCCUCAGCCUGCGACAAGACCUGGUAGUCGCGAUGCAUUUCCGUCUGCCUCUGCAGGUCUACGGAGCCGGAGACACAGCAACGAGCCUAAUGAUCGACCUCCAGUCGUCUCUCGUGUCCAGUCUCGCCUAGAGACUCGACGAACCAGCGCACCGCUUGGGGCCACGUUGAAUGCACAAACAACAUCCCCUGAGAACACGUAUCAGACACCGCCUACAGCCUUGCCUCAGAUAUCUAGCUCCUCAUCGUCGCGCCUAGCGCGGACCUCUACAACUUUGGUACGUAGUAGGCGGACUCCGGGGUACAAUAUGGACGGCACCACAGACGACGAGGAAAGUAGCCCUUCGGUCAGACCGGUGAGCCGGGCUAUGACGGAGGUGAGCACGUAUCGCCAGGCGGCAAGAGAUCGAGCAGCAUACUCGAGAGAAUACACCGCCCAACACCCCAUGCCUCAACACCCUGUCCCUGCAGCGCUUGAAGCGACCAACGUGACCAGAAGUCCGCUCCCGGCUCAUAUCAGUACGCAUCUGGUGCCGAGACGCAAGUAUGCAGCCCCGUCGUCAAGUGCAAGCAAUGUGGGUGCUCAAGAGCAAACUCCCGUGACACCCAGAGAGCCUUGGGGUCGAAUAACGAUUGUGCCAGCCGCUACGUCUAGUCCAAUAGAGGCCACACCAGAGAGUCAGGUAGUCAUUCGGCCUUCUGGAACACGAAGAAGUCUCGGAUUCACGAGUAGGAUCAGCAGUGUGAGUAGUCGACUCCGAGCCGCCAAAGCAGAGCGGAAUGCAACGACGAGAGAAACCACAGAAGCACGAGGAACGAAGGAUAUUGCACCAUUGAGGCAAGAAUUGGAUAAUACCAUACCGUUGGAAAGGCAGGGCUCCGGACAGAGUGUUGAAUCCUGA